ACCCGUCGAACCCUAUCUCCUCUGCACCGCCCUCGUAUAUAACCGCAUCUUCACUUUCCUCCGCUUGGUUCCGGCGGCGGCGCGCUAGCGAUCUUGAAAGGGCGGAAGCAGAAGGAAGCACCGCCGGUCAGGUCACUUCGCCGUUCGCCCAGCCAUGUCGAAGAGGAAGACCAGGGAACCCAAGGAGGAGACUGUCACUCUUGGACCCACUGUCCGUGAAGGGGAGCAUGUCUUUGGAGUAGCUCAUGUUUUUGCAUCAUUCAAUGAUACAUUCAUCCAUGUCACUGAUUUGUCUGGGAGGGAGACUCUCGUUCGUAUCACUGGUGGCAUGAAGGUCAAAGCUGACCGUGAUGAAUCAUCACCGUAUGCAGCUAUGCUUGCUUCUCAGGAUGUUGCACAACGUUGCAAGGAGCUUGGUAUUACUGCUUUGCACAUUAAGCUCCGCGCCACUGGGGGCAACAAGACUAAGACACCUGGACCUGGUGCUCAGUCAGCUCUCAGGGCACUUGCUCGAUCUGGCAUGAAAAUCGGACGCAUUGAGGAUGUGACCCCGGUUCCCACUGACAGCACACGCAGGAAGGGUGGCAGGAGAGGAAGGAGGCUGUAGAUGUCUUAUUUUCUGUCAUUCUUGUGGAUGUCACCAAGAAUCCCCUAUUUGGAUAGUCUUACAGCUUUAAUGUUAUGGUGAAGCUUUGGUUUUGUUCAGUGUUCUGAAUUAUUGGCUGUCUGCCAAUUCGGCAAUAUGUUUGGUUAAGAAAUUUUGCUCACUUUUGUGCAAGCAAUCUCAAGAAUCACGAAAUUUUGCUUGGUA